CAGCACUCGCUGGGUCGCCAGGGUAUAAAUUCCUGGCAGCUUUAUUAUCCACUUCAUCUAACUCCACACUAACACCACCCUCACUAACAAGACCUUUUUAUAUUGACGAGUAGAACAACGAGAGGUCGGACUCCCAACAAUGAACAGUCAGUCAGCCAUCAACAAAGACGUCUUCAUCCCCAGUAAUGAGCGGAUGCUGGUGGCAGUGGAGGUGCGCAGGAGGAAAAAGAAGAGAAUGUCUUUCCUGUCCCACGUAUCCAAAGGAGAAUAUGCAACAUUCAUUUGUGUGUCAGUGACAAACACCAGGCCACUACAGCUGAUCAUUUCAAAAGUGAAACAGUUCAGGGGCUCCUCAAGCUUCACAAGGACAUCCCAGUGGACGGUGGAGCAGCUCCGACAGGUCAACGGCAUCAACCCCAACAAGGACAGUCCCGAGUUUGACCUAGUGUUUGUUAACACAGUGGAUCAGUGGGUGGCCAGCUCUGCAGCAGAGAAGUGUAUUCUCAUCCAGAUACUAUAUCGUGCCUGCCAGACCUACUGGGAGGGGAAGGCAGGAAGUCUGGUAAAAGCGAAUCGCCAGGGUACCCUUCCAGUUGUGGAGGCUGGUCACAGUGACUCCUCCCCUUCAUCUAGAACACGGCAAGUCCGACGGAAGAGCCUGGUUGUAUCCAAACCACCAGAGUUCAUCAACUGCCCGUCCAAACUCACAAGAGACGCCACUACCAUGAACCUGUUCAUCUACCGCUGCAAAGCCUUCAUGAAUCAUUUGAAGAACAAGAUCGUUGCAAACCAAAGACGCUUACAGAGUAAAGCAGGUCAAACUGAAGAGCGGGCGACAAGGAGCCCUAUGGGUAAUAUAGUCCAUCGGAUGAACGUGGCUGUGGGCGAGCGCGGGGACAGACUGACUACAGCUGAAGACAAGACUCUGGGGCUGGUGCACGCUGCCCAUCAGCUUGCAGACAAUGCUCACAAGAGAGCAUUAAAAUCCACGAAGUAGAAACGUACAAGAGAGUAAGCGGGUGAUGUCACUGCAUGCUCCAAACUGCUCCGUCAAUGAAUAUUUCUAGAAGAGGAUCACCUGUCAUGGAUUUCUUCUCCUGGGCGGUGAAACGUUAACCUUUGAUGUUCCCUUGAUGCACACAAACCCUCUUUUCAUAGGAUUUGCACAAUACCUAAAUUGGCCCUAGUGUGUGGAUGUGAGUGUGAAUGUUGUCUGUCUAUCUGUGUUGGCCCUGCGAUGAGGUGGCGACUUGUCCAGGGUGUACGACGCCUUCCGCCCGAUUGUAGCUGAGAUAGGCUCCAGCGCCCCCCGCGACCCCAAAGGGAAUAAGCGGUAGAAAAUGGAUGGAUGGAUGGAUGUUACAUGAAAAUACACACAUGUACAUGGUGAUGUAGUCUAUUUGAUUUGUUCCACCAAAGCACUUUUGCAUUCAUUUAAUCUAAUGAUUGUGUUGUUGUUGUCGUGUUGUAUGGUGUCCACGUUGUGUCUUUAUCCAUGUCCUAGUCAUGCUCACCAAAGUGUCCGACAUUGUCCGUCUAUGUCAUUUAUGUCUACAGUAAGACUGAAGAUGCGCCAGGUAUACGUCGCUUAAAUACCAUUUACAACUUUUCCACUAAGGGGAUAAACAUAUCAAAAGUAUUAUACAGUAAUAGUAAUGAUUUUAAACAACAUCAUUUAUUACCGUGCACAAUUCAACAUUUCCGAAAAGGAGUAGAAAGAGGGAGCGUUAAUUUAAUCCUCAUCCCCUCCUUCGUUUUUUACUAGUACUGUGACUGUGACUAAAUAGAUAUUAGUACCAGUGUACUAUCUUCCAUUUAUAUUUCAAGUUUUUUUUGAGUCAUCUUUGAUUUUCUUGGCAGGAAUUGUUUCAGUUGUUUUGAAGUGAAUUAAUUAACUCAUAUUAUGUUUUGCAUAUGGUGAAUGUUUAUAUACAUCUUGGAGAAAGCAAACCACCAAGUUUAAGUAAACAGUGGUAUUUCAGUCUGAGCACAUAAUAAGAUAAGGCCGCUUAGUUUGAUAUUCGCAGGUGGGUUGGAUCACUUCUCGUAGGAAAGAGGCCCUAAUUGGGACUUCGCAAUGUAAAAGUGAUAGCCCUAUCCUUGAGAAGAGACUGGCCAAAAUUUAAGUUAAAGUUAAAGCAGUUGUUUUGGAGACACUUGCACACGAACAUCUCCUUUUACGGUCAGGAUGUGCUCUCUUGAAUUAGCCCACACAUAUAGUCAGGAAGGAUGAAUAUACAACUGAUGGUUUGGCUUCUCCAAGUUAGGAGUGUCUCAUUUUUUUGACCGGACCUCGUCCAGGAACUGCAGUUCUGUAUAAUGACGCUCGCUUGUAAUAAAGCAACUUUUGGUUCAGUAAA